AGAGGAGCUGCACAUAUGUGCUGGUGGAACCUGACGCGUUCCUCAUCUUACAGCUGCUGGGAUCUUUUCCUUUUUUUUUAAUAUUCCAAACCUGCGCAUCAGCCUCAGCCUCCACAGCACUUGAACAAAAUGAUGAACACCACUCUGUGUGACUCUGCAGCGACCAUGCAUCACCUGCCAAGAGACCAUCAACUCAACUCCAGCUGGAACGGCUCCUCUCCCCAUUCCAACUGGACCGCAGGGGGCGACACCCUGCAGCUGCCCACAUUCACCACAGCAGCCAAAGUCAGGGUGACAAUUACCUUCAUCCUCUGCGCCACGUCGGCCUUCUGCAACCUGGCUGUGCUGUGGGCAGCCCACAGCGAUGGGAAGCGUAAAUCACACGUCAGAGUGCUGAUAGUCAACUUGACUGUGGCUGAUCUGCUCGUGACCUUCAUCGUGAUGCCAGUUGAUGCAGUGUGGAACAUCACAGUCCAGUGGCUUGCUGGGGACCUUGCCUGCAGGCUACUGAUGUUUCUCAAGCUGCAGGCGAUGUACUCCUGCGCCUUUGUCACUGUGGUGAUUAGCCUGGACAGGCAGUCAGCUAUCCUCAACCCUCUGGCUAUCAACGAGGCCAGAAAGAGGAACAGAGUCAUGCUGUCUGUGGCGUGGACCAUGAGUGUCGUGCUGUCAGUCCCUCAGAUAUUCCUUUUUCACAAUGUGACCAUCAUUCAUCCCGAGGACUUCACUCAGUGCACGACCCGUGAAAGUUUCGUCAGUCACUGGCAUGAAACUGCCUACAACAUGUUCACUUUCUCCUGCCUGUUCCUGCUGCCUCUGGCCAUCAUGAUCAUCUGCUACACAAGGAUCUUCUGUGAGAUCUCCAAACGACUGAAAAGCCACAACUUGUCGUCCAAUGAGGUGCAUUUGCGGUGUUCAAAGAACAACAUCCCCAGAGCCCGGAUGAGAACUCUCAAAAUGAGUAUAGUUAUUGUCUUGUCUUUUAUCAUCUGCUGGACUCCGUACUACCUGCUGGGCCUGUGGUACUGGUUCUUCCCAGACGACCUUGAGGGGAAAGUCUCCCACUCGCUCACCCACAUCCUGUUCAUCUUUGGUCUCGUCAACGCCUGCCUGGACCCGGUCAUCUACGGCCUGUUCACCAUUCACUUCCGAAAGGGCCUCCGGAGGUAUUUUUGUAGAGCUCCUCCAGCGUCUGACCUGGAUAACAACACUGUUUUAACUGGAUCUUUCACUUGUGCUGCCAAUAUUUUACCACUGAAAAGAGAGGUGAGCCCUGCCAGCCAGGAGAAGUUCACGAUGUACGGUAACAAUCACGGUAAAGAAGAGUCAACAUCACAAGGUGGCAGCUUUUUAACAGCAGACAUUUAUACAGCUCGAGAUCGAAACCAGUCCAGCUCCGACAGCACCAUGUGAGGACAGGAG